AUUCUACGGUACUCUAUAAGUGGCCGUGACAGAGUACGGACAUCAUAUCAAUUGAAUACAGCCAGUUGCAAUUCUUUCCCUGAACAACUUAUAGUCAGUGGAAAGAUAUCCGCACCUGCGAACUCCACCGCCCCAGUCCCGUUACUGCGCAUCGCAUCGCGUCGGAACUCAUCUCAAAGAUCGAUGGAUAUACCUACUCAAGAACACUUUCAUUCGCAGCGAUAGAUAACGCAAUAUGGUCCUUGGUCUUCUCACGAUCACAGCGAUCCCAACCGUGACCGGGGUAGCUCAAGGGGUCAGCGAGCAGAAGCGUCAGAACCAACAGAAGGUAGAUGCGAAGCGCAUGGAGAAGUUUUGUAUGGAUGUGACAUGCGAAGACGACAGUGAUGGAUACAAUCUAAGUGGGAAGAGAGUUGUGUUGAGGGAUGAGAAGGCCUAUCUCGACGACCCCAAUCCUUCCCUCCGCUCUCUCAACCCCUCGCAUACCGCACAAGCUUUCUACAUCACAUACCCCGAAACCGAAGAGACAAAGGCUCACCCGCGAGGUCUGGGGCUCGUAACAACAGUCUCUGACGAUCCGCCUAUGCUGAACUGGCUCUAUGCCGAUAAAGAUACGCACGAGGUGAAGUACGGUAACCGGACCCAAAGCAUCGCGCAUGUGGUUGGGCCCUGGGACUGGACCAAUGACGAGACGGGCGUGACGCUAGAAAAGAAAGAUAGAUUUGUGGCUGUUGAAGAGGAAGAUGGCAAGUGGGCUAUUUAUUUCGAUCGAGAUGCGGAUCAGUGUCAGAGGGUAUUGGCAGAGAGAGGUCUGGAUGGCAGGAAAGUCGUCACUCUCCAGAUGCGGAGAAAAAUGCUUGAGCAAGCGGGCGGAUCUGCUGGGUAAUUAUGUGGGAUCAAAGAUACGAAACAACGAGCUCGAUGAUGUUACGAUAUGGGAUGGAGUUUGGCGUCCUUUUAUCCCCGGGGAUAUAUAGCUGCAUGUUGAUUGAACUCUGUAAAUUGCAUACUCUAUGGGGAAUCGUGGGCGGUAUUGUACAGAACAUAAACAUGGAUAUGGA